UUUUUUCCCCCCCGCAGUUUCCGUUAGUUUGGACGUUUUUUUUUUUAUUUUUAUUUUUUAUUUAAAAGACGGUAACCGACACGAGACGACGAGCACCGACCGGACCGCGCGCGGCGAAGCCAGCUAACUAGCUCACUUGUUGUCGCCUCCGUUGAGGAACAUCGCCUCUCACAGCUAACGUGUCGAAAGCUGUCUGCUGUGGCGGAAUUCAUCUUUUAAAAAAAUAUAAAUAAAUACACACAGCAGCAGCGACUAUAAUCACCGCGGCGACCGCAGCUCUGAAUGACGCAACCCGGAAGGAGGAAUGCGUGUUGUUAGUCCCCUCCGCCGCACUUAGCUAGUUUCUACUUCUGACAGACAGUAAACAAAAGGUCACAACCGUCACAACACUGGAAGAGCAUUAGCGAAAGAAGAAGGGGGGCGGGACUACGGAAGCCUGGAAAAGGACGGUUUAUUAUAAAAAACCCGGAAGUGGUCAUCAGCAGGAGAGACACGCCGACACCACCCGCCGGUCAUGUUUGGGGCACUUGUUUGCAUAGGGGGAAACUAUUUGAUAGGUAACUAGAGUGCAUUAUUAAAACAACUUUAUCGGUUAUUAUCUGUAUUUGGUGCUUUAUUCUUUUAUUUUAAGGAAACGCGUGUGUGUAGCAGCGCUCGGUGAACCCGUUCACCAAGGUCACGAGUGCGGGUGGAUGUACUGGGGGGAGUUAAGCCUUCAAGCACGUGCGGUUAUAGUAGGCAGGUUAAACACUUUUUUGCAGGAGAUAUGGCUGGACUUAUAAACUUUGAAGACGAGAAGGAAGUGAAGCAGUUUCUGGACAAUUUGGGAGUGGAGUACAGCUUCCAGUGCCACAAAGAAAACGACCCCGAAGGGUGCCAAAGGCUCUCGGACUACUUGGAAGGGGUGAAGAAGAACUACGAGUCUGCAGCUCAGGUGCUCAAACACAACUGUGAGACGAACGGACACGGAGAGAGCUGCUACAAGCUGGGGGCGUACCACGUCACCGGCAAAGGUAGAAGGACGACAGGUCUGAAGACGGCCUACUCCUGCUUCCUGCGCUCCUGCCAAACCGACGGGAAGAAGUCCACGGACGCGUGCCACAACGUCGCCCUGUUGGCCCACGACGGGCGAGCCGGCGAUGGAGGCCCCGACCUCGCCGUCGCCCGGCAGUACUACGAGAAGGCCUGCGCCGGCGGCUUCGCUCCCUCCUGCUUCAACCUCAGCGCCUUGUUCAUCGAGGGCAACGCCAAGGGAUGCCGUCCGGACAUGCGGCAGGCCGUGAAGUACGCCGACAGGGCCUGCGAGCUGGGGCACGUGUGGGGCUGCGCCAACGCCAGUCGCAUGUACCGACUCGGGGAGGGCACGGAGAAGGACGAAAAGAAGGACGAGGCGCUGAAGAAUCGAGCAAAGGAGCUGCACGGUUUGCAGAAGGAGAGGCAGCUCAAGUUCGGGGAGUGAACGUGACACUGUGUGUGUGUGUGUGUGUGUGUGUGUGUGUGUGUGUAAACAACUUGUUCACAUGUAGGAGAUGAUGUGUUUGUCCCUGCUUCGGUGUCUCCACAGUCAGAUUCAGGGAGUAGUAUGACUAUUUGUAUUGGUAGAUUUCAGCCAAAAUGUAAAAGCAAUACUAUUAGUCCGUGAUAUGUGUACAGUACAAGAUGAUAUUUAAUGCCCUUGCAGGGACUAUUUGUGGUGUAGAUGAUGAAUAAUAAAGUUUUGUUAAUG